AUGAUCUGUGCACACAGUAUUACAGAGAACCCUCUUACUAUUUUAACAGGACCACUGGAAGACACAAUUGAAGAUGAUGAGGAAGAAUGUUUGUCUGAAGAAAAUGAUGCAAUUAAUGGAGGAGACUACACUCAGGAAGAAAACUUCUCAGCCGAGUAUGAGUCAGAACAUCUCAGCUGUGAAGAAACAGAAUAUUACUGUGAUAAAGGUGAUGAAGAUGGCAGUCAGGAAACAGCAGAAUCGGAUGGAGAAAAGCCAAGCCAGUCUAAAUUGGAGCUGGAAGACUGGAAUGGACCAGACGAGCUUGAAAUAUUCCAGAAAAAUGGAAUGCGAAAGAUUCGCAGCCGGCAACAAAUUCCUGGUGGAACAACCUGGGGACCUUUUGAUGGCAGUAUAGGAGUGACAGACAGCAAUUCUCCGAAGACAAAAACUGCUGUCCCUAUAGUGGUGCAUGCUGGUCCCAAGUGGCUGAUGGAUGUGACUUGGCGGGGAACAGAUGACAACACCAACAACUGUGUUGUGUACAGCAAAGGUGGGCAGCUUUGGUGCACAAUGACAAAAAUGCUCCUGGAAGGAGAGGAGCUGGUUGCAUUUGCUGUGGAAUUUGACUCAAGACUGCAAGCUGUCAGCCAAAUGGCUAUCACAGAGGGCAUGUAUCCAGCACGCCUCCUGGAUACCAUACAGCUGCUCCCUCAACAAGCAGCCAUGGCAUCCAUUUUACCUACUGCAAUCGUCAACAAAGACAUCUUCCCAUGCAAAUCAUGUGGAAUUUGGUACCGCAGUGAACGGAACCUGCAAGCUCAUCUCAUGUACUACUGCAGUGGGAGACAAAGGGAAGCAUCUUCACUACCAGAAGAGAAAGAAGCUGGUCCUCUUCAGCAACCAUGUGUCUGUUCUUACCCACAAUGUAACAAAAGCUUCCCCAAUGCUAGAGCUCUUGAAAUUCACAUGAAUUCACAUAGUGGUCUGAGGUUUGAAGAUUGUCUUUCUGCUGGUGCCAGCCUGAAGUGUACCAUCUGUGAGUACAUGACAGACAAUGUGCUGAGCUUCCAACAUCACGUACUCACUCACCUCACACCAGCUGCCUUCAAGUGCAAUCAUUGCCACUUUGGUUUCCAAAGCCACAGGAAGCUUCUGCAACACCAGGAGCUUCAUCACAGUCAAAGCAGGAAGCUGCAAAGGGAAAGUGAAAAUGAACACUUGCCUCUUGACAAUGAGGACACCUUCCAGUCGAUAGCAGCAGAUGUAGCAAGCAGGCAGGAAGUUCCGUUGAGCCCAGGGGUCAGCCAGAGUAAGGAAAUAUGCUCUGACACUGAGGGUGAAAAGAUAGAGAAAAAUGCACAGAUGGGUGUAACACAUCAGAAGAUUGAAGCCCAGCCAGCAGGAAACAGACAGAAUUUUCCUUUUGCCAGAAUCAAAUCAGAGCCAUCCAGCCCGCGACUCGCUUCCUCUCCAAUUCAACCUAACAUAGGAUCCACUGUCCCAAUGGGCCCCUUUCUGUCUCAGUUUGCUCUCUCCCAGGAUAUAUCCAUGGUUCCUCAAGCUUCAGAGAUCUUAGCUAAAAUGUCUGAACUGGUGCACCGCAGAUUAAGACAAGGCGGAAGCAACUAUCCACCUGUUAUUUACAGUCCACUUGUACCAAAGGGGGCCAUUUGCUUUGAAUGCAAUAUUACAUUCAAUAACUUGGAUAAUUAUUUGAUCCACAAGAAACAUUACUGUAGUACACGAUGGCAGCAUGUAGUCAAGUCGCCGGACUUUGCCAGCACUAAUGAGAAGAUACCAGAGGCAAUAAGUCCCAGCAGUGGACCCAGCCCCAUUAGCAUUCACAAUGCUGUUUGUAACGCACCCAAUCCAGAAAAUCCACUUCUUCAGUCAUCCAGUAUCAACUCCUCUGUAGUCCUGGAUGUAGCAGGGCCUGAUGGGAAAAGCUCAGAGAAAGAUCAUUGCAUGCAGUUGAAGAAGGAACCAUCAGCCAGCAGCAAUGAUGAACAAUAUGAUGGAAAGCUGAAGGAUGUGAAGAAUCCCAGCACUCCUGUAUUGGAUGCAGCUAAUGAUCCAAAUAAGACUACAUGUGAAGCCUGUAAUAUAACUUUUAGCAGGCAUGAAACGUAUGCCGUGCACAAACAGUACUACUGCGCCUCGCGACAUGAUCCGCCGAUGAAGCGAAUGGCGGCAAACAAAGUACCAGCGAUGCAAAGGACCAUACGCAGUCGCAAGCGGCGGAAGAUGUAUGAGAUGUCGCACCCAGAACAGGAGCAAAGGUCACAGAUGGUCCAGCAAGCUUUUUUCAGCGUGUCGGCCAUGGGUAGCCCUGGAACGUCUUCUCAGGAAUCACUGGAAAAUCUAGCUGAGAACUCCCACCGGCGGUGUGAAAUGUUUCUUGGAAAGCAAAUGGAGCCCUCCAUCACGGGAACUAGAACCCUUACUUCUCUCUUACCCUCUGCUAAGUGUGGUGCAACGCAGUCAGUUGUUGCCAGUAUGGACCUAGAUCUCCCUAUGGAUUUAAGCAAAAAGUGUUCACCUCAAACCGAGAAGGCAAGCUGUUCUCCUAAGAGACUUUUGGACUACCAUGAAUGUACAGUGUGCAAGAUUAGUUUUAACAAAGUAGAGAGUUACCUUGCACACAAGCAAAAUUUUUGCCCAGGUAUGAGUGUCUCUCGUGCAGAAGCAGGCCAUUUAGAGCAGUUGAAGUUUCAUGAGUUGCAGAAGGAUAGUGCUUUAAUGAAAAUGGAAACGGUCAGCCCUGAGGUCAGCAAUGAAAGAAAUACAGUGAAGUGUGAGAAAAACGAAAAUUCAAAACUGGUCUCCCCAAAUGGAAAUAUAUUACCUCCGCAGUUGGGAACCCUCUAUGGUCUGAAAACCUUCAGUGAGGCAGCUCAGCUCGCUUCCGCUAAAGAAGAAAACAAGAAUGUGGUCUAUCCACAUUGCCUUUACCCUGGAGCAAUCAAAAAGAUGACAGGGAGUGAGCAAUUAUCUCCAUAUUACGGGAUUAAGCCAAUUGACUACAUCUCAGGAGCUGUUUUCAUACGAAGUGAAAUAGAUGAGCUGGUGCAAGCCACACGAGACAGAAGUGAUCUUCUUGAAGACCAGCCUGUUUCCAAUGGGUGCUCAUCACAGAAGAAAGAACCUGCUUCCUUGAUACCUAAGAGCAGGGGAAUGACGGCAGUCAAUGGGGGGAUAAAACCAGAUGAAAGAUCAUUCUCAAGCAACCCACACCAGGAUACUUUAUCUCUGAGUUCCCAGCAAGCAGAUGGCCACAAAUCUCCUUCUUGGGUAUCUGAGUCUCCCGUAAUUCCACAUGAAAACCCACCACCCACAGCUAAAGCUUUGUUAGAAGAGCAAUCUGUUCACACUUCAAAAAACGUAGGUGGUUCUGUGCAGUCAACAAACAGCGGGAAAUACUGCCGCCUGUGUGACAUUCAGUUUAGUAACUUGUCUAACUUUAUAACCCACAAGAAGUUCUACUGCUCGUCACAUGCUGCAGAACAUGUCAAAUGA